CCGAAAGUAACUCGCGCGCUGCUGGCCCCGCCCCACUCCGGAGCCCCGCCCAGGCUCGGGGGCGGGAAGAGGAGGUUUCCAUGGUGACGGCAAACAAGGCUGGGACCUCAGGGCCGGCUGCUGGGCUACUACCCCUACCGUCGCCAUGAUCCCCCCUGCAGACUCUCUGCUCAAGUAUGACACUCCGGUGUUGGUGAGCCGGAACACGGAGAAACGGAGUCCCAAAGCUCGGCCACUGAAAGUCAGUCCCCAGCAGCCUGGACCCUCUGGAGGUCCAGUUCCACAGCCACCAAAGACCAAGAUCCCUUCAACUUCAGGUGUCCCAGAUACUACAAAGCAGGCAGAAGAAAUCUUGAAUGCCAUCCUGCCCCCUAGGGAAUGGGUGGAAGACACGCAGCUAUGGAUCCAGCAGGUGUCCAGCACCCCCAGCACCAGGAUGGAUGUGGUGCACCUGCAGGAGCAGUUGGAUCUGAAGCUGCAGCAGCGGCAGGCAAGGGAGACCGGCAUCUGCCCUGUGCGUAGGGAGCUCUAUUCACAGUGUUUUGACGAGCUGAUCCGUCAGGUCACCAUCAACUGUGCGGAGAGGGGGCUGCUGCUGCUGCGAGUCCGGGACGAGAUCCGCAUGACCAUCGCCGCCUACCAGACCUUGUACGAGAGCAGCGUGGCCUUUGGCAUGAGGAAGGCACUGCAGGCCGAGCAGGGAAAGUCAGACAUGGAGAGGAAAAUCGGAGACUUGGAAACAGAAAAGAGAGAUUUGGAGAGGCAAGUGAAUGAGCAGAAAGCAAAAUGUGAGGCCACUGAGAAGCGGGAGAAUGAGAGGAGACAGGUGGAGGAGAAGAAGCACAAUGAAGAGAUUCAGUUCCUGAAACGGACAAAUCAGCAGCUUAAGGCCCAACUGGAAGGCAUUAUUGCACCAAAGAAGUGAUAAUUUCCAUAUGGGUCUCAAGCAAUCAUUACUAUCCCAUCCUAAUCCCUUUGGAAUAAAAAUAAGCUAGUUUCUUGAGUGAACAUGCCAUAACCCUCUCCUGUUCACCACCUAUCUGUCAGAAGUCACUCCAUUGCUUCAGUGUCAUGAAAGACCUGCAGCGAGGCUCCUAGCUGGGCAACAGUAGGUAGUAGUCGCUUCUGUGGCUUAUUAGCCCAGCUGGGGACCUGCUGACUUAGAUAUUAAGGCUCAGAAUUCACUCCUUUGUGCUGUAUUCCUCUCAGGAGAAGCAACUGUUUUUUCAUCAUCAUUUCAUACUAUGAUUGAUUUCUGGCUAAAUGAAGAGACUUUUCUGCUCCCCCUGCCUUCUGUCCUCGAUAUUUUGUACCUUAACUUGGGCUUUCCUGACCUCAGCCUUUUAGACUGCCUAGUGAGGUGGCAAUGGCCGGGAAUAAAAUUGUUGGUUUUGAGAAGUAAAUGUUUGCUGGAAAGGAAUACAAAACAUUUGUUAUGAACUGCUUACAUCUCCUCCUCCACCAACAAUUUGCUUUGUUCACCUAAUUCUCCAGAAAACUCCAACCCUGACCCCGUACCACUCUUAACUAGCUGUAUUUAAUUAACAAUUGAAGGUGUGCCCAAACCUCACAUGCAGUUUGAAUUAAUGAUUGGGUCAUGGCCUAUAGGCAGCUGCAUUAUGCUAGUUCUCCCAAGUUAGACCCAAAGUUUGAAGCUCUGGAUUCUUUCUAGUUUUGCAGUCCCAGAGGUUGAAUUAGGGACCAUAAACCUUUUAAUUCCAGACCAAACAGGUGGACUGAAGUGGUAAACUAAGUGACUUCUUUCAUUCAAAUUUCACAAACUACACUGAAGAGAGUAUUAGUAUUGAUUGGAAUGUCUUAAGCUCAUACUCUUCCCCCUGAAGAAGUUGAGUUUUGACCUGAUACCCAUCCUGGUGAGGGUUCAAGACCUGCUGGAAGAACUGCAGUCCCUCAAGAGCUGCUGUAUUCUGCUGUCUAGCUUGCCCUCCCUAUAUAUUCUGAUCUCAGAUGUGAAGCCGUAGCCAUCACCCUCAUCCAGGUGUCCUGAAGAAUUCUGCGAUCCACUAAAAUGAUCUGUCCAUGCAGUUGUUUUUAUAAAACAAAACAAAAACUGUUUAGAGAUGUGCUAUUAAUAAUUCAAUUCCAUGGCUCCUUAAUCAUUAAGCACUUAUGUCUUAAUUGGGACCACGUGACAGACUCAGUGAGGAUAACAGGCACCAGAAGUUGGAUGUAGCUUUUUCUUCAUCUUUUAAAAACCCAGGCCAUGUACACUCCAUUCUUCAAAUUUUUCGACAGUUCUGUUCCAAAUAACUAAUUACCAGUAUCAGAAAUGGAACACUUUCCAUUUCACAGACCUCGUUCCUGUCUGCUAGACACAUGACAGUGACACUCUGGAGAGUAUAGUAGGGUCAACUCAAGAGGCAGAAUGCCCAGGGACUCCAUCACUUGAGAUCUUUGCAGUGGAGACUUUCUCUCUAUUUUCACUAGGCACUGGUGAAAAGUUUUGACUUUCCAUCUUUUGCACAAUUAUUAUUAUGGCCUUAGAAAUGCCAACUGGGCGUGAAGAAGAUGAACACAAGUUCUAACUGGGUAUUUUUGUAUAAUUUAAUAAACAAUUUUUUAAAUGUCA